GGCAGCAGCUUCCUGUGACAGCUCGGCGCCUCAUCAUGAUGGUGUGGCCACGGGGCUCCGGGUUUGCGGCGCGGGUCCGAAAGGGAAACUGGGUGUGCAGUUUGGCGGAUCUUUCUGUGCGGUACUACAGCACCAAAACAGCUCCUCAGAUACCCGGCAUGGAGUACCAGGAUGCUGUUUGCACUCUUAACACGCUGCAGACCAACGCCAGUUCUCUGGAGCAGGUACGGCGAGAGCGGAGUCACCCUCAGCAGCAGCUCCACGCCAUGAGAGGCUUCCUGGAACGAGCCGGUCUCAAAGUGGAGGAGCUCGAUCAUCUCAAUAUUAUUCACGUGACGGGAACAAAGGGCAAGGGCUCCACGUGUGCGUUCACUGAGCAGAUUUUAAGAAGUUAUGGAUUCCGUACUGGAUUUUACAGUUCUCCUCAUUUGGUCCAAGUCAGAGAGAGGAUUCGGAUCAACGGACAGCCGAUCGGGAAGGAGCUCUUCACUAAAUAUUUCUGGCAGGUUUAUGGACGUUUGGAUGAAACUAAGGAUGCGCACGGCGGGACGAUGCCAGCGUACUUCCGGUUCCUCACUAUCCUGGCCUUCCACGUGUUCCUGCAGGAGAAGGUGGAUUUAGCUGUGAUUGAAGUUGGGAUUGGAGGAGCUUAUGACUGCACAAACAUUAUACGGAGACCGUGGGUCUGUGGGAUCUCCUCUCUGGGUAUCGACCACACUCAGAUCCUUGGAGACACCAUAGAGAAGAUCGCCUGGCAGAAAGGAGGAAUCUUCAAGCCGGGGGUUCCUGCCUUCACCGUCAGACAGCCAGAAGACGCGAUGGCUGUGCUCAGAGACCGGGCCAAAGAGAUGAAAUGUCCUCUCUGGGUGAGUCCAGAUCUGGAGGGCUAUCAGGCAGACCUCCCUGAACCUCUACAUCUGGGUCUGGCCGGGCAGCACCAGCGCUCCAACGCCUCCCUGGCCCUCCAGCUAAGUCACACAUGGCUGCAGAGACGAUGUGAGCCAGACAAAAGCUUUCCUGCCGCCCCCGUGGAGAACACAGGUGUACUCCAGGUGACUCCCUUCAAACCCAGCCCCAUCAUGGUGAAAGGUCUGGCAGACACUGAAUGGCCCGGUAGAAACCAGACCCUAAAGCACGGAGAGGUUACGUACUUCCUGGAUGGAGCUCACACCAUGCGCAGUAUGCAGGCCUGCCUCCACUGGUUCAGAGAGAUCGCAGCUCAGCAUGAGAGGAGUGCAAGCGGACCUGUGGCCAGAGUUUUACUCUUCAACGCCACAGGGGAGAGAGACUCAGCAGCCAUGCUCAAACUCCUGGUGCCGUGUCAGUUUGACUUUGCCGUGUUUUGCCCGAAUAUCACUGAAGCCAUCACUUCUUGUAACGCAGAUCAGCAGAACUUUAACGUCUCUGUGGAGAACAUGCUGACUCGCUGCUUGGACAACGAGAGAAGCUGGCGUCUCCAUAACAGAGCGGGAAAUAACAGAGGAGCUCCACUGCUCAUUGAGGACAGUCUGUCCCUGGUCCCUGAAAGGAAAGCUGACACCUUGGUCUUCCCCUGCAUCCUCAGCGCCCUCCAGUGGAUCACCCAGGGCAGGGACUCAGUGCUGACUGACCCUGCAAAGACUGUCCUGCCGGUUAAACCAAGCAUCAAAGCCAAAGCUGCUCCGCUCUGUGAUGCAGCAGAGAUCCAUGUCCUCAUCACCGGAAGCCUCCACCUGGUAGGGGGAGCACUUAAACACCUCGAUCCAGCCUCCUCGAAGUGAAAGGGUCAUAUGACUCGCUGCACCAAGCUUUCCCACAGAGGCCGCCUCCAGCAGCCAGCCAGUUUGGACCAAGGCAGCUUCAGGGUGCUUGAAAAUGGUCCUACCUUCACCGAGAGCCUUACAGACGACCGCACACAUCUGGUGAGCUCGAGUCAAAGUCUUAAACUUGAAGCCAAAUACGUUUACAUGAACCACAGAAGCUACAAGCUGCAGACGGCCACACUGGAACUGUGUCAGAGGCCACCUGACCGAACCAGAAAGAUAUCUAUUCAUACCUGACAUACUGCAGAUUAAGAGGAGACCGUGCUACACAAGCUUCUUACCUAUGUGGAACACCUGAGUGUCACAGUCAGUCUGUUUUUUUUUUAUUGAAAGACAUUUGGCACGGUUUCUUUUUAUGUUGCCAAAAAAGUGCUUCACACAAAAGGCCUACUCAACUCAGCUUUUCUUUGUAAGUGUGUAUAUAAUAUGACACUAAUGUUAGCAUCAGACGAGUUCAUCUACGUGUCAUCAUUGUCUGUGUGACCUCGUUUACGCUGAAAUGAAAAUAAUCAUUAAAUGGUUUAUUUAAAUUCACGUCGUCACUGUCUGACAGGAUGUAUGAUGUAUGAUGUGUGAUUGUGGGAAAAAAUGAAUAUCCAUAUCUGGAAAAGUGAAUAAAAAAUGUGGAUGUUGGAAUUGAA